AUGCCCGCCGACUCAAUACCAACGGAGGACCAGGCUGCCUGGACUUGUAGCGCCAACGAUGCUCUUCAAGUAUCAAUUGUUCAGCCAGGCGGCGAUGGCAAGCUCAAAACGCUCUCGACUUUCUAUCCUCAGUUCACCUAUCCUAUCUUUGGCGAUAGCGAAACAAUAUUUGGCUAUAAGGGGCUAAUGAUGCAGCUGCGGUUCGCUGCGCACGAUUUGAGAUCGAAUGUUUGCAUCUCUUACGAUGAGAAAUUCAAGGCUGUGGAGGAUGUGGCUCCUGCUGAUCUCAACAAAGCCCUGAAAGCCUUCCUUCCAGAAGCUUCCUUUACACCUCUCCCAAAAUUCGAGGAAUCUGUGAUAAAUGAAAAUGACGCAAAGGACUUCACUCCUCCAGGGAAGAUGUGCCGUAGCUAUACAAAGAGGAAGCGCAAUUAUGAAAUAUGGAAGGGCUCUCUACUCGACCCGAAGGUCCAGGAACUCCUAGAUCGAAUCCAGAUUUUCGUUUCUCUCUAUAUUGAAGGCGGAACCCCGAUUGAAACAGAUGAUUUCGAAUGGACUCUAGAUAGGUGGACAGUGUUCUUUCUAUAUGAGAAGCUAGACGAACCUCCGACACCGGACGCGUCUGUCUAUUCAUUUGUGGGUUAUGUUACGACAUACAGAUGGUACUUCUUUGACCGUACCGGUAAACGAGAUGAAGUGGUGAACACCUCCUUCCCAUACGGAGAGACGCUCGACUCGGCGAGUCUUCCAUCACGUCUUCGUAUAUCCCAGUUCCUCAUCCUUCAGCCACACCAAUUAAGCGGUCAUGGCACGGAGCUCUAUAGGACUGUGCACGACGCAUGCCUUCAAGAUUCUACGAUUCGUGAGCUUACUAUCGAAGAUCCCAACGAAGCCUUCGAUGCCCUCCGCGAUACAAACGACUACACUCUAUUACAGCCAAUUUUUGAGCAGCAUAUUGUCUCAAUAAACGUAGACCCUCCUUCGCCGAAGCAAGAACGCCUCCGUCAUCCCCGUUUUGUUCCCACAUCCCUUCUUCUUCCAACUGAGACGAUACGCAACAUACGCAGAGACUACAAAAUUGCACCCACUCAGUUCGCCCAUCUUCUAGAAAUGUAUCUCCUUAGCCUCAUCCCCAUGUCUCAUCGCGGGUCCCACAAUGUCAAUUUAGCACGCUUAAGAAUUCAAAAGUCACGCGCCGCAAACGAACACGAUAGGAGAUAUUACUGGUGGCGUAUGCUGGUAAAACAGCGACUUUAUAAACGUCACCGUGAUAUGUUGAUCCAACUUGAUCGGGCUGAAAGAGUGGAAAAACUAGAAGAGACGUUGCAUAAUGUUGAGGAGGGAUAUGAAAAUUUACUGAAAGCCUUUGUACUGAAAACGCAGGCCGGGUCACCUCUAACUCUGCAGAAGCAAGAGACUGGAGCCGAAGCUGGUGAAACAGAGGGCAAAGGAAAAGGGAGGAAGAAGAGAAAGUAUGCUGUCUCAGACGACGAUGAUGAGAGCGACGACAGUGGUCCUCCCCCUAAGCCUAAGGCUAUGCAAGCGAAGGUUGAACAAAAUGUGGUCGGCUCCCCAAAGAAAGCCAAAAUACAGAGAUGA